CACCACCACUCCUCCACCGCAACCAUGGGCGCUGCUCUAUCCGUCCCGUUUAUGCUUCUCCCGAGCGUCGGCACACUAACGGGCGUUGCCGCCUCGUGCUGCGGCGCUGCGACCUGCAGCGCCGUCUUCAGUUCGUGCGGGAAGUGUGGAAAUAGUAUUGCUACCCGUAUCGCAUACGCCCUCAUCCUCCUCGUCAACUCCAUCGUCUCCUGGAUCAUGCUCACAGACUGGGCCAUGAAGAAGCUCUCGCACCUUACCCUCGACUACGUCGACAUCAAAUGCCACGGCGAGCAGUGCUACGGAUAUGUCGCCGUCCAGCGCAUCAACUUUGCGCUCGGCUUCUUCCACGUAAUCAUGGCUAUGAUGCUCAUCGGCGUCCGCAGCUCCAAGGACGGGCGCGCGCCUAUCCAGAACGGCUUCUGGGGCCCUAAGAUCCUCGCCUGGAUCCUCAUGGUCGUCCUUACCUUCUUUAUACCGAACUCGUUCUUCAUCGUCUGGGGCAACUAUUUUGCCAUGAUUGGCGCCUGCCUGUUCCUGCUCAUCGGCCUCAUUCUGCUCGUCGAUUUGGCCCACAACUGGGCCGAAUAUUGCCAGGAGAAGAUCGAGGUUACGGAAUCCAGGAUCUGGACGGUUCUCCUCGUCGGUUCCGCGCUGUUCAUGUAUCUGGCUUCGUUCGCUAUGACCGUCGUCAUGUACAUCUACUUCGCAAGAAGCGGAUGCGGCAUGAACCAGGCAGCCAUUACGAUCAACUUGCUACUGCUCCUAAUUUCCUCUGUCAUUUCCAUCCAUCCCGCCGUUCAGAACGUUAAUCCCCGGGCCGGGCUUGCUCAGUCGGCUAUCGUCGCCAUCUAUUGCACAUAUCUAACCAUGUCCGCCGUCGGCAUGGAGCCCGACGAUCACCAAUGCAAUCCUCUGAUCCGCGCUCGCGGAACGCGCAAGGCCACCGUUGUCAUCGGCGCAAUCGUCACCUUCGUCACCGUCGCGUACACUACCACCCGUGCCGCAACCUACGGUCUCGCCCUCGGCGCGCAAGGCAAUUCCUAUGGCAACGGCUACUCCCGCGUCGGGACCGAAGACUACGAGCACGGCCUCGUCACUCAACAGCCCGAAUCCCGCCGUGAAAUGCGCCAAGCAGCUCUCCGCGCCGCCGUGGAAAGCGGUUCGCUCCCCGCAUCCGCCCUCGACGACACCGACAGCGACGAUGAAGACGAUGCACCCACUAAGAGUCGUGAUGACGAGCGUAACGCAACACAGUACAACUAUUCGCUGUUCCACAUUAUCUUCUUGCUUAGCACCAUGUGGGUGGCCACACUGCUGACCACCAACUUCGAUGAGAAGGACAUGCAAAAUGAUUUCGUGCCUGUGGGUAGGACGUACUGGGCCAGCUGGGCGAAGAUUAUUAGUGCGUGGGUGUGUUAUGGCAUUUAUGGGUGGAGUUUGGUAGCGCCGCUUGUUUUGCCGGAUCGGUUUGACUACUGAUGAGUUGGGGAAGCAUGGCAUGGGAGACUGGUCGUUGAUCUGAUGUUCAUGGGAGAGUGUAUUAUUAUGGGUGUCAUACGCUUGUAGAGUACCUGUUGAACUACUGCAUAUUGCCCAGCCU